GCUCGGCUUCCUCAACAUGGCAGCGCCCUUGUCAGUGGAGGUGGAGUUCGGAGGUGGUGCGGAGCUCCUGUUUGACGGUAUUAAGAAACAUCAAGUCACUUUGCCUGGACAGGAGGAACCCUGGGACAUCCGGAACCUGCUCGUCUGGAUCAAGAAGAAUUUGCUAAAAGAGCGGCCAGAGUUAUUCAUCCAGGGAGACAGCGUGCGGCCAGGAAUUCUGGUGCUGAUUAACGAUGCCGACUGGGAGCUACUGGUCAGUACCUCGGGUGACAUCCCUCCCCCAGCCCUUGCCCUUGCUGCUUCAGUGGGAAAGCCUUGGGCCUCUCUCAGGCACAUAUAGAGUGGCUGGGUGAUCCUCCGCCCCACUCCAGCCCCACGCUGAGGCUGCUGGAGUCUCUCACUCCCGGUGAGGAAGGGAUGGGUAGCUGGGGACGCGGGAGCAGCCCUCCAUCCUGAAGAUUUGCAGGUUGAGGUGUAGGAUACCCAUUUUUCUGGUACAGUCUGUCUCUUCCAGAGCAGCCAGUCCUCAGCCCCUGCUCUCCCAACUCCUGGGGUGGAACCGGGAAGGUAGCCCUGAGGGUCUCCCACUCCCCUCUGUCCCGCACCAGGGUGAGCUGGACUAUCAGCUUCAGGACCAGGACAGCGUCCUCUUCAUCUCCACUCUGCACGGCGGCUGAGGGCCCUUCUCUGGGCCUGGGCACCCUUAGAGCGGAGAACGAAGCAAUCAGACAUCCCCUUGGGCCCUGCUUCCAGGUCUCCCUGUCCCCCUUGCCUGUCUUCUUCCCUGCUCUGUCCCCCAAGCUCCCUCCAGGCAGGGAAAAGAGGCCAGGUGCUAAAAAUGAGCCUUUCUCAAGCACGUGAGCAGGGGAAGGCAGACAGGCACCAGAGCCCAGCACUCCCUUUUCCAGCAGCUGUGAUGGGGGAGGGUGCCCCUCUGGUUUGUCAAGAGUGGAAGGAGGCUCUGUGGCCAGGUGACCUGGCUGCCUUCCACUCCUUGUACCUCAGUCUAAACAUGGAGUGGCCGCUGACAAGGUGCUCCAGCCCCAGAGCCAGCAUCUUCAUGGGGAAGAUGAAUGGACCUGAGUAGCUGAAGGAAGGCCCCUCCCUACCCAAAGAUUGGAGGCUUCUCAGCCUCAAUUUCCCUGUCUGGACAGCUGAGGGCUCUGCCUGUCCCCCACUGCUAUCAGUAUGGAACCCCAGCUGGGGUCCCCUAUUCAGUGCUGACUCCCCCGAGCCAGCAGCUGCUCCUCCAGCCACACCCCUCCUUCUGCUCCCCCCACCCCUAGCCCUUGACCCUGGCUGGCCUACCCCCCUCCACAGGCCACCAGAUGGGCUCCUGAGACCCUCCCCAGGCUGCUUACAGCUCAUUCUGCUGGGGGUAGAGAUGAGGGGAGGGAGUAAGUUAAACCUUGGAGUAGCAAGUAGAAGCCUGGGGGGGAUCUGUGUGCCUCAGUUUCCUCCUCUACAACUGAAUAUUUAUAGUGGCUGAAAACUGGGGAGAUACCUGAUGGUGCAGAUGUCCAUUUUCUCUCCCCACCUCCUGCAGGAAGCAGGAGGGGGCAGGCAGCACCUGGUAGGCAGAGUGGUUUGCUCCCCCUCCCCUUCCCUUCUGGAAGUCUUGGGGCCUCAGUGCUUGCAACAGCCGGCCUUGUGCAAAUAAAAGACUAGGUUGUUUACUA